AUGGAUGCACACUAUGACCCAACGAAAUCCUACUUCGAUCCAAAUAUUCCACAGAUCCUUCCUCAUGAAAACAUGUACAAGAUUCAAAUUGGAUCCACUUUAUUUAAGAUAAGUGGUGCUUCCUUAAGUUCAGAUGGACCAAGUUAUUUCACAGAUUUCUUCGCUAAAUUAGAAACAGAAUCGACAACUAACCUCGAUAAUUCCGUGUCGUUAUCAUCACCUUCCGAUCAUCCAAUUACAAAUACACAAUCAGUGACCACUACUGUGACUCCACCGACUACUUGUCAGACGACAUUGUUUAUCGAUAGAUCUGCGGAGAUCUUUAAAUAUAUAUAUCAACAUUUACAAGGUUAUUAUAUCGAUAUUAAGGAUGAAGUUCAAUAUACAAUGUUGAUUGCAGAUUCUAUGUACUAUAAUUUACCUCGGUUACGUAAAAUUCUAAGAGAAACGGAAUAUUACUAUACUAAGAUUGGUGACGUAUCGUUUAAAUUGCCUAAAUCUUUAUUUGAUAGAGAAGGUGACACAUAUAACUAUUUCUACUUGACUUCAGAUACUUUAUAUGUGGAUAUUGAACGUGUGAUCAUCUCAAGAAAAUUGAUAAGACCACCACCACAUUCAUAUUCGUUUGUACCAAGAUCUCCACAUUUAUUUAAACAGUUGUUUGAAUUGUUAUGUGGUGCACAAUUUACAUUAGACGAUAAUUCUAGAGAAUCUUUGAUUAAAGAAUGUAGAUAUUAUAGAUUACUGAAUUUAGAACAAAGAUUAAUUAAAUGUAAAUUGGUGGAAGAUCCAAUAUAUGGGAAUAAUGAAAUCUGGAUUAAGUUGAACGAUAUUUCCAAAAAUGGUUUAUCAGUUAUAGAAAAGCCAUUAGAAGAAUAUUACGAAUAUAAUCCUUCUAAUAAGAGAAUCAAAUUAAAUCCCAAUGUAGUAGAAACAUCAGGUUUUGUGAAAGUGAUGUAUAAGAAGCCGUACGUCGAUCUUGAAUCCAGGAUUCUGACUGUGCAGAUUGAUGAUGGCGAAUCUUAUAUCAAUAUCGUCAAUCACAAAUUCAUGCUUGGUGGGAAAAGUAGGCAGAAGUUUGAAUCUUUAUUCAAUGUGUUAUUCCGCAGAAAUUUAAAUAUAGAGGUAGGUUCAUAUUUGAAGAUGAUAGAUGAUACGCCAUUUUAUGAGAUAGAUCUUCAUGAUUCUUUAAAUGGGGAAUUCACUGUGAAUAGACGAUGUUCUACUUUUGAGGAUAUAUUCACCAUACAACAGGAAAAAGUAUACAUUAAGAAAGCAUUAUUUCAAAUAAUUGUCCACUCACAUUUAACAUUUAUUCCUGUUAGACUAGAUACAUUCACUGCAAUGACCAACUUACGUAAUGAUGAAUCAUUUCUUUGA